AUGCACUCUCUAAUCUUCUGGCCUCCUCCUUCCACCCAGAACAAUACCCGCGCAGAUCGUCCACCACCAGAACAUCAAGUAGAGGACACGCCACGAUUUAUCUACCGCUCUCCCUUUCGAAACAAUCCGGAUAUUCAAUAUGAAAAGCAGCUAUCGGAUGCCCUGGAGAAGAUUGAAAAAGCCGUAUUGGCCCGAAGUCAGGAAAGCAACAUAUCCGAAGAUAAAAUCUGGCAGAUAGCGAAAAAUCAAAAGCACAGGAGCGAUGACUCGAUAGUAUUCCAAGGGAAAAACAAGGAAUGGGAAUACAAUUUAGUCACCGAUGAAAAGGCCAUUAAGUUCGUAACCAACGAACUAUCCGCCAUCCCCGAAAUCGCAACCAUAUACAAGUCCUACCCCCACAAUGUCCUCCGAGCAGACCUCCUCAGAUACCUCCUCCUCUGGUACUACGGAGGCUUCUACGCAGACAUCGAUGUCUUCCCCGCUCGGACGAUCAAGACCUGCCCAGCUCUAGAGCCCUUCUUCGCACUCACACCCGAGGAUCACACACAAAGCACCCAACCCGAUAUAUCGCUCGUUGUUGGAAUCGAAGUCGACGAGCCUUAUGCUUCUCCGCAAUUCAUGCGCGACUGGCACUGGACACGGAGCUACGGACUCAUCCAGUAUACAAUGUAUGCACCGCGACGUUUCAGCCCGCUUCUCCGCGAGACUAUUGUGCGGGUUGUAGCACAUACGAGGAAAAACAAUAGUGAACAUUCCAGCCUCUUUUCCAGUCCGGCGUAUGACGAGAAGACUAUACUGGGGGUUACGGGGCCUGAUGUCUUCACGGAUGCUAUCCUCGACACACUUUCCUCUUCGCUUCCUUUGACACAUCCGUUCAUUCAACAAUCGGUUGAUGCAGAUGCGGAUAUAGGGGAUCUCGUCUCUUCUGCAACUGGGCAGGUGGAGAAACGGGUAACGUGGGCGCCGUUUCAUAAAAUCCGUGACCCUGUCUGUAUACAGGCGGGUGAGGCUGUGCCAAAUAAAUCCAUGGGUGGGUUGUGCGUGUUGCCAAUCAGUGUUUGGGGGAACGGACAGAGACAUAGUCAGGCCGGUGGGUUUAAUCACCCUAAGGCGUGUGUGAAUCAUCGGUUUGGGCGGACGUGGAAGAAGGGGUGGCGGGAGUACAUAUUUGGAUGA